AUAAAUAAUCUAACAAAACUACCAUUGUCUGUCUUGUUGAAUGCACGCGAUCUCGCACAAUACAAUCUACCGUACGGCUACAUCAUAAAAUAGGUAUUGUAUUAUAUUUAACCUUUUGACGAUACGUAUUGGAUAGGUUUAAACAAAAAGUUAAAAAUUAUAAAUCAGUCUUUUUGUCAAGUUUAGAGAGGCCUACUGAUUUUUAAAUGUGAAAAUAAGUGGUAAAGAAAUGUCGGAAGAUGUGUUGUUAGUAGGUGCUGUAGACUUUGGAACUACCUAUUCCGGAUGGGCGUUUUCCUAUUCCACAGACUUCGAAAAGGAUCCAACCAACUCAUUUGUUAAACACUGGCAGUGUGGACAGCAUAUAUCCGAAAAAGCGCCCACUUGUGUGCUGGUGAACCCGGACGGAACUACAGUAGCAGCGUUUGGUUAUGAGGCGGAAAAUAAAUAUGUGGAACUGGUUACAAAAGGAAAGCAUGAAGAAUAUUAUUUUUUCAAACGAUUUAAAAUGGCGCUGAAUAAAAAGUUAGGAGAUAAACUUGACCGAGACCUUAUGCUAGAUGAUAUAAGGCAGCGACAGUUACCAGCUUUGGAUGUCUUUGCGAUGUCAAUUAAAUAUCUACUGGAUGACAUGUUGGCUGUUGUAAACCAGAGGGCGCCAGGUAGAUCAGUAACUUUGGACAACAUUCUUUUAAUUUUGACCGUUCCCGCUCUCUGGACUGAUGCCGCGAAAAACUUUAUGAGAGAGGCCGCGAUCAAGGCCGGGUGCGUCUCGAAGAAAGUAAUACUGGCACUGGAGCCUGAGGUAGCAUCAAUUUACUCUCAGUUUCUACAUGGGGACCAAACGAUUGAUGGACGCUUCAUACAGUUUCCCGUUGGAAUAAGAUACCUUUGUUUAGAUGCCGGAGGUGGAACAGUUGAUCUAGCGAUACACGAAGUAGAGGAAGAUUUUCAAGUAAAGGAGGUUUCUGAUGCACUUGGAGGGGAUUGGGGAGGUACCAUGGUUGACGAUGCAUUUGAACUCUUUAUCACAGAAAUAUUCGGAGAGGAAAUCUAUAACACAUUCAAGGAAGAGCACCCUGGAGACUUCAUAGAACUAAUGCGCAAUUUUGAGAAUAAGAAAGCAAUAGAUCAUCCUGGAAAAGUAUUCCAGGUAGACAUUAAAUUGCCAAGUUCUGUUAUAAAUCUAUUAAAUGAAAAGCUGCAUACGACAUUAAUACAGCAAAUAAAAACAUCGAAGUUCUCAAAAAGUGUAACUGUUGUUAAAAAUAAACUAAUGCUGACUUCAGAAUUAUUUGAAUCAUUUUAUGAAGAACCAAUCAAACAGAGUAUAGCACUAAUUGAACGCACUCUUAAAGAUAAAAAUGUUGGGAAGUUGAAAGCGAUUUUAAUGGUAGGCGGGUUUUCUCAGUCGAAAAUAUUUCAGAAUGCUGUUAUGUCUGCAUUUCCAAAACUGCGCGUGGUCGUUCCUAAAGAGUCGUCUGCGUCGAUCGUCAAAGGCGCCGUAGCGUACGGUCACCAUCCAAUGUCGAUUACGGAACGUAUCUUGAAAUACACUUAUGGUGUAGAAGUUAUGAAGAAGUUUAAACCCGGUGUGCACCCGCAAAGCAAAAUGGUUGAAACGGAUUCUGGGAAAUACUGUAGAAAUCUAUUUUCUAAACAUGUUGAAAAGGGUCAGAUAGUGCAAGUUGGUGAGGCACAAAUUGAUCAAAGAUAUACACCGUCUGACAGUCAAAAAACGUCUGCGCAGUUUAAAUUAUUUGCAUCGUCUGCAAAGAAUCCAAAAUAUACAGACGACAUGUGCACUUGCAUAGGUCAGGUGAACAUUGACCUAGACGACCAUGAUGGAGAUUUGACUAGAGGAUUAUGGGUAUCGUUUACAUUCAGUGGACCGGAAAUCAUCGUAGACGUCUUCGAUGAGAAAACAGGGAAAAUAAGACAAGCUAAAACAGAUUUCUUAGGUGCUUCAUUAAUCUGAGACGGAUUGAUAGAAACUGACAAAAAAGAUAAUAUGUGGUGGCGUUUAGUUUCUAAUAAGUGUACGUGUAAGAGUACGUGUUUAAGUAAAACAGAGAUACAAUAUAAUUUAAAACGCAGAGAUUUUAUGUCUCACCACUUGUCAGUGUGCAAAAUGAAAAAAUGCAAGGUUUUCAGAGGGUUUUUUCUAAGUUUAAAGGCUCAUAAUGCCUUUGUUCAAAAUGUGGUUGCCACAUUUUUGUAAUGAACACAAAACAUAUUAAUUUCUUGUUAAAUCCUAUUUCUGAUAACUGUUUUCUCUGAUAUUUGUCAAAGAGUUGAGUAUUGAUGAUUAUAGUGAACACUUU